AUCUUUUGAAAGAAAAAAAAACCACAUAUAAUUAAUAUUUACUCCAAUCAAGGAACUGCAUAAGCUAAAUUCCAACCUAUCAGAUUGAAAGGUAUGGGAGAAAUUGUUCUUUCUGCAGUUAUCAGUAAAGCAACAGAGGCAGCCGGAAAUCUACUCAUUGAGAAAUGGUCAAACUUGAAUUCAUUAGAAGAGAGCAUGAAUUGGCUCAAAACAGAAAUGUUGCUAAUUCAGUCUUACAUUAUUGAUGCAAGAACCAAAUUAACUCAAGGACAUUCAACGGUCAAAAACUUGAUCAAAUAUAUUGAACAACUUGCGGAUGAUGCAAACGACAUCUUAGAUGAAUUCCUUCCCAAAAUUGAACGCAAAGGAACCAUUGGUUGUCGCGUUAGUAAUGUUUCUUCUGCCAACAAGUUUGUCGCGGAGAUUGAAAAGAUAAAACGAAGAGUUGCUGAGAUUGAUCGUUUGAGAACAACUUAUGGCAUCACUGAUACAAGUAACAAUAACAAUCAACAUGACUACAUUCCGUUGGACCAGAGAGGAUUAUUCCUUCAUGCUGAUGAAACAGAGGUCGUCGGUUUGGAUGAUGACUUCAAUAAGCUACAAGCCAAAUUAAUUGAUCAUCAUUUGCCUUAUGGAGUUGUUUCAAUAGUUGGCAUGCCCGGUUUGGGAAAAACAACUCUUGCCAAGAAACUUUAUAGGCACGUCCGUGAUCAAUUUGAAUGUUCUGGAUUGGUCUAUGUUUCGCAGCAGCCAAGGGCGGGAGAAAUCUUGCUUAAGAUAGCCAAACAGGUUGGACUGACGGAAGAAGAAAGGAAAGAGAACUUGGAAGACAACUUACGAUCACUCUUGAAAAGAAAAAGGUAUGUUAUCCUCUUAGAUGACAUUUGGAAAGUUCAAAUUUGGGAUGAUCUCAAACUUGUCCUUCCAGAAUGUGAUUCAAAAAUUGGCAGUAGGAUAAUUAUUACUUCUCGAAAUAAUGAUGUAGGCAGAUACAUAGGAGGGGAUUCCUCGCUCCACGAGUUGCAACCCUUAGACUCAGAGAAGAGUUUUGAACUCUUUACCAAGAAAAUCUUUAUUUUUGAUAAUAAUCAUUCAGUUGACUUGGUAGAUAUUGGUAAAACUAUAGUUAGGAGAUGUGGUGGUAUACCAUUAGCCAUUGUUGUGACAGCAGGCGUGUUAAGGGCAAGAGAAAGAACGGAACAUGCAUGGAACAGAGUACUUGAGAGUAUGGGCCGUAGAGUUGAAGAUGCAUGUGCUAAGGUAUUGGCUUUGAGUUACAAUGAUUUGCCUAUUGCAUUAAGGCCAUGUUUCUUGUACUUUGGCCUUUUCCCCGAGGACCAUGAAAUUCGUGCUUUUGAUUUAAUAAAUAUGUGGAUUGCUGAGAAGCUCAUAGUUGUAAAUAGUGGUAAUACGCGAGAGGCUGAAAGUAAGGCGGAGGAUUUCCUAAAUGAUUUGGUUUCUAGAAACUUGAUCCAAGCUGCCAAAAGGAGAUAUGAUGGAAGAAUUUCAACUUGUCGCAUACAUGACUUGUUACAUAGUUUGUGUGUGGAGUUGGGCAAGGAAAGUAACUUCUUUCACACCGAGCACAAUGCAUUUGGUGAUCCCGGCAAUGUUUCUAGGGUGCGAAGGAUUACAUUCUACUCUGAUAUUAAUGCCAUGAAUGAGUUCUUCCGUUCAAAUCCUAAUCCUAAGAAACUUCGUGCACUUUUCUGUUUUGUACAUAAUAGGUGCCUAUUUUUUGAACUGGCUCGUCAUGACUUUAAAUUAUUGCAAGUGUUGGUUGUAGUCAUACCUUAUGAUCAUUUAUUUAGACCCAUGGUUAUCCCAAACACGUUUGGGAAGAAGAGUUGCUUACGCUAUCUGCAAUUGGAGGGGCAUAUGUAUGGGAAACUGGCAAACAGUAUGGUCAAACAUAUGCAGACCCUAAAUAUUGAAAAUAGCUUCACUGAACUUCCUACUGGUGUUUGGGAGUCUAAACAAUUGAGACAUCUUCGUUAUAAUGGUACUUUUCAAGCAUCUAACUGUUGCUUUUCAAUAAGCCGAAAAAUUUACUCAUUGCCUCCUAAUAAUAUACAAUCUUUGAUGUAUGUGGAUGAUAAUUUUGUUGAACUGAGAUUAUUUCACCGGUUUAUCAACUUAAGAAAACUGGGUAUAUGGAGUGUAUCAGAUUCUACCGUUCAGAUAUUAUCAACAUUGCCAAAAGAGUUGGAGGCUCUGAAGCUCAUAUUUUAUUAUCAACCGAGUGAGCAAAUAAACUUGUCGUCCUAUCCAUAUAUUGUUAAGUUGCAUUUGAAUGGAAGUGUGCGUUUGAAAUCUGAAUCAUUCCCUCCAAAUCUCGUCAAGCUUACUCUUCGCAACAUUGAGGUAGAGGGUCAUUUAGUGGCAUUGCUUAAGAAAUUGCCCAAAUUAAGAAUACUUAAAAUGAUUUACUGCCAACAUAAGGAAGAAAAGAUGGAUCUCUCUGGUGAUAAUGAUAGCUUUCUGCAACUUGAAGUUCUGCAUAUUCAAGAACCAUCCGGGUUGUCUGAAGUAGAGUGCACAGAUGAUGUGAGUAUGCCUAAAUUGAAAAAGCUAUUACUUAUAGAAACAACUAAUUCCAACCUUAGGCUCUCGAAACGUCUUGCAAAGCUGAGAGUAUGAAAAUCUCAAUGCAUCAACAGAUGCAUUUCAGAAUGAUUCAAUUCUUUGUUGGAGACCAUGUUUGUAUUUGCAAUAAAUAACAUUAAAUUAAAUGUUUGAUUUUUGCUUUUUGAA